GGUCCUACUACGUGUUCAGGCUGGUAUCUUUAACUUUCAAGCAUCUCGGAAAGAGGAGGAAAAAAAGGACCUCUGCCCUUUUUAUGAUCCGAUUAAAAACACCAACAUCGACUCAUCGCAGGUCUGGCAACUUGUUUUAAAAAGUCCAUCUGACGUCAUGUUUUUGUCCGCCUCGGAGGAAACAAAUGAUAUUUGAGGCAGGGACUGAGAGAGAGGAGAGGAGUUGGUUGUCGGAUAUCUGAUAGCGUUUCUGCUCUGCCUUUUUUUUCUCCACGCACGGAUUACGCACAUUCGGUUUUUGACAAAAGUGUGGAAAAGUUUAGAUCGGCACUGCUAGCUCGAGUUUCCUCAGACUGUUUAUGUGAGGAAUGAAAGCAGGUUCUUGAGCAAAGCCAACAGAGAUCUUGAGAAUGGCGCUGAAGGCCAGGGUGUUGUACGACUUCCACUCGGAGAACCAAGGGGAGAUCUCCAUAAGUGAGAACGAGCUGGUGACCCUGUACAGCGAGGAGGAGCUGGAGGGCUGGUUGGAAGGGGAGAACAGCAGGGGAGAUGUUGGCCUCUUCCCAGCUUCAUAUGUGGAGAUCAUUAGGGACCGCAUCACCUCCAACAACAACAACGGUUUCUCUUCUAAAGUAGUGACCCCCACCCAUGCCACCUCUUCUCAGAAAGGACCUGAAGCAGUGAGUGUUGGCAGCGGCGGGGGCAGCUUCCACACCAGCCAGGGGAGUGAUGACGACUGGGACGACGACUGGGAUGAUAGUUCCCCAGCAACUGAUGUCCCGAGGGGUAUGGGUACCUCGCCCCCUUCCUUGUACCCUGUGACCACCUCCCUGCCGGGCCGGCGGGGCAGCUCGCAGCAACCACAGGCCAAAAGCUCGGCUACAGUGGGAAGGAACCUUAACAGGUUCUCCACAUUUGUCAAGUCUGGAGGAGAGGCCUUCCUGCUUGGGGAGGCGGCUGCUUUUGUCAAAGAUGGGGACAGGAUCUGUGUCGUCAUGGGAAAGCAUGGACCUGAGUGGCAGGAGGACCCGUACCCUUUCACAUGCACCAUUGACGACCCCACCAAGCAGACUAAGUUCAAAGGCAUGAAGAGCUACAUGUCCUACGGCUUGACCCCGACGCACACCAAUGUUCAAGUCAACCGCAGAUACAAACACUUCGACUGGCUCUACGCUCGGCUGGUGGAGCGCUUUCCCGUCAUCUCGGUUCCACAUCUGCCGGAAAAACAGGCCACUGGCCGCUUUGAGGAGGACUUCAUCUCCAAGCGAAGGAAAGGCCUCAUCUGGUGGAUGAACCACAUGACCAGCCACCCUGUGCUGGCCCGCUGUGACGUCUUCCAGCAUUUCCUCACAUGUGGGGUGGAUGAGAAGGCCUGGAAACAGGGCAAGAGGAAGGCAGAGCGGGAUGAGCUAGUUGGGGCUAAUUUCUUCCUCACAAUCAGCACGCCUGCUGUCCCGCUUGACCUUCAGGAAGUGGAGAGCAAGAUCGAAGGCUUCAAGACCUUCACUAAAAAGAUGGACGAGAACAUCGUGGUCGUCAACACCACCAUCAAUGACUUUGCACGCAAGCAGAUGUCAGGAUUCAAGAAGGAGUACCAGAAAGUUGGACAGUCCUUCAGACUCCUCUCGCAAUCGUUCGAGAUGGACCAGCAGGUCUACUCGGCGGGUCUUAACAAGGCCAUUGCUUAUACUGGCGACACCUAUGAGGCCAUAGGAGAAUAUUUUGCAGAUCAACCACGUCAGGAUCUGGAUCCCAUUUCUGAUCUGCUGGAUCUCUACAGAGGACACCUGGCCAACUUUCCAGAUAUCAUCCAUGUGCAGAAAGGUGCGCUGACCAAGGUGAAGGACUGCCCCACGCAGGAAGGCGAGCUCCAGGACCGCUGCAACAUCAUCUCGUGCGCCACACUGGCCGAGAUCCAGCACUUCCACCGUACGCGUGUAAGAGAUUUCCGGGCGCAGAUGCAGCACCACCUCCGACAGCAGAUCGGAUUUUUUCAGAAAAUCACCGCCAAGCUGGAGGAGGCGCUCCAGAGGUAUGACAGCGAGCAGUAGGAUCAGAGGGGUGGAAAUCAUUAAAAAAAUAAUUUGGAAUAGAGUGAAGAGCAGAUGGGGUGACGGAUGAACUCAUCCUGCAGUAAUGGAGCACAUAUCGUUCACCACGUCUAGGGACAUCAUGGAUUAUAACGGAAAAAAACACGACUAAGUAAGGCGUGGACAUGUCAGGACAUUAGACUGUGACAAGGAUGUUUUGAUGCUCUGCGCGCAUACUACAACUCAGAUACGUACAGCCAUCGAAACCAAAAAGCAGGCAAGAGGUUUCUUUGUAGGAUUACGCAAAGACUACAAAAACUAAAUUCUUUGUGCUGAGGAAACUACUACAAUUUUGUGCAAAUCCGGAUACACAUUGACAAGCCACAGAAUGAAAAUGGUCUGAUCCAUCUAUUUCUCAAGACAUCACCCUUUCCUAUGAACCAGGAAGAUGGACAAAAUGAAAUACAACAUAAACAACAUAACAUGUUCCGUGGUUGUAUUUUCACUUUUGUGCGGAACAGUUCCUGCUAUCUUUACCGACAUGAACCAGGAAGUAGCCUGCAAAUAACAAAUGGAUGGGGAAACAAUGGGGGAUUUUGGUCAUGACUGAACCCCCCCCCCCCCCCCGACCCACAAUUGAAAAUUGUCAUCCUAUAUUCUUAAAUCAUCCUCCAUGAACCAGGAAGUGGCUUCCUAUCAUAUGGACGGACACACAAACAAAAAUACCACAAGUGCCACGUCCAUAAGUGUUUUUGACUGUUGUUCCCACUUCAACGUUUGCUCUGCUGAAGAUUUGAGUCGACGAAAGUGGUCAAACAGAACUCACUAUUGCCUUAUUCUGUGUAUCUCAUUGUGGACCGACUGACUGCUUGCAUGAAGAAGCAGUUCUACAACGUCGUAGGUCAUGGUAAGAACAGGGUAAGAACCGUUUUAACAAAGAUACAAAGACACUUUAAUCCAUUUGGUGUGAGCCGGGGGUGUCUAAACUUUUUACCGGCUGACUAAUAGGAGUGUAAAGGUGACUAUAGGGGUGUUAUUUUGUGUCUACAGGGCUCUAACUAUGUCAAAAAGAGUUAUUUAGAAAGUAAUAAACAGGUUUUCUAUGCUCUAACUGUGAACAUAAUCAAUUUAUUAAUAUAGAAUCAUAUAGUGGAAAUUAAUUUACCGUCGUUGGGUCUGGAACCAGUUAACCGCUAUAAAUGAGGGACUGGUUUUUAGUGUAUUUCAUAAAAUAUCUUCUUAAAUAUGGAAAUAAUACAAUGUGGAGAAUAUGGCCCCAGGCCGCACUUUAGACACCCCCGGUGCCUUUCUUUGGAACUUUCCAAUGAAACAUUCUGUAUGUUCUUAAUAACUAUAUUAUUGCUGAUGGUUCUUAGUUCAUGUUAAAUAUUGUGUUUUCACAUUGCUAGGAAUUAACCGUGUUUUGUUUUAAGGGCAAAUUUUUUUUAUUCAUAAUGCACACAUUAAGUGUUCAGACAUUUCAGUGUGUCACAACAGGGCAGUAUUUCCAUCAAUAAAUGGAUAAAGGACAUAUUCAAUUGUGGUACAGUCUUAGCUCGUCUCUAGCUAUAAUACAUAACACACAGCUUAAUAACUAUCAUUAUUUUUAUCUGGGUCUUUCUUUGUCUCUUUAUGAUAUAAAUCAUACGAAUUUGUGUCACUGUGUUCUAAUCCUCCAAAGUGUCCAGGGGCUGACACCUGACACCAGCAUCCACAGUAGGUCAGAUGACAAAGGCUCGGGGCACUUCAUUAUUUAGCCCUGCCUCUUCCUUCUUUUUGCUUCCUUUUCAUUUUCCCGUCUUCAACAAUGACCCACUCUUCAUCAGUCGUCUGCUCAUAAUCAACAUCUUCGUCAUUUCCAUAAGCAAACAGCAGCCUGUAGAAGCUGGUCAAAUAGACACUCCCUUUUUAUUAUUUGUUGGAAAUAAACUUAACAGCCCUGCGGUAAAACCACUUCCUGUUUUACUAACCUGGAAAUGCCGGGAGACAAACACCUCAGAAUAGUUGUUUGCAAUUAUUUUCCGUCAUGCUCCGCUGAAUUCAAAUACUCUUGACAAGCUGACAAUAUUUAUUUACACUCAACUAAAAAUAUAAAGGCAACACCGGCAUGUCAAGAUGCUUAUUAGACAGCAUGAUUAUUGCACAGGUGUGCCUUAGGCUGGCCACAAUAAAAGUCUAUUCCAAAAUAUUCAGUUUAACUGGAUUGGGUGAGGGUCGAAAAUCAGUUUGUUGACUUGUUCUUGCCAUCAAUUUCUAUUUUGAUUUCAUUACCACAAUACAGAAAGUUAAAGAAACUUUUCUCCAAACUAAGUCCAGUCCCGAGUCAUUCAUGUCAGAAGUCCAAGGAAGGUGAGCAGCAAGUCUUUGAUGAUAUUGUCAAGUCAAAGUCAUCAAAAUUGUUCCUUGAGUCUGACAAGUCCUGCUGAGGGCAGGCUCAACAAAACCACACCAUUUUUAUUUGUAUCAUGUCAAGCAUGUGCGCGUUCAAUUUUUGUGGCUUUUAUUGACAAAAUGCAUUAUUUUCCAGUGCAUGGUAAGGGAGACACUUGAAGAAAGUCUUAAAACAGAUUGAACUACUAGUAGAGCCACUUGCAACCUUAUGCUAUCAUACCAAAUGAAAAAAACACUGAAAGAACUCAGUGUAAAAUGGCCAUUGUCAACUCGUCAUAUUAACACUACUAAGCAACAGCCAAUGUACAGCAAAUACAUGUAUUUCACAUAUUUGUUACAAAGAGCAAUUCUACGAAAUGGAAGCAGUUAAAUUGAAUACGUACAAUAAUAAAUACAAGAAUGGACAUUGAAAAAGUUCUGCUUGAAAUAACAAACAAAAUAAAAUAAUUGCUCCCAUGUACUGUGUAUUACCACAUUUCUCAUUUAGAGAUACACUCUGUGGACUUUCAUUCAAAUGAGAUCCAGUGCAAAUUCUGCCUUUAGAAAAAUAUUCAUCCCCCCUUUGAUUGACACUGUAAUAAUUGUAUUUAUUUACCCAUCGCCAGCUGGGCUAAGGGUGCC